AUGUUCAGCCAAGUCGCCAAGAGAUCUGUUGCCCCCAAGUUCGUCAGAUCAUACAUCGCGGGCCAAUUCACCGGAGCCAAGAAGGCUAACGGCAAAUACACCGUCACCAUGAUCGAGGGUGACGGUAUUGGUGUGGAGAUUUCCAAGGCCGUCAAGGAGAUCUACGCUGCCGCCGACGUGCCAGUCGAGUGGGAGGAUGUUGACGUGACUCCUCUUUUGAUCAACGGCAAGACCACCUUGCCUCAAGAGGCCGUGGACUCUGUCAACAGAAACUUGGUCGCCUUGAAGGGUCCAUUGGCUACUCCUGUCGGAAAGGGUCACACUUCCAUGAACUUGACCUUGAGAAGAACCUUCAACUUGUUCGCCAACGUCAGACCAUGUAAGUCUAUUGUUGGUUACAAGACCCCUUACGAGAACGUCGACACCGUGUUGAUUAGAGAGAACACCGAGGGUGAGUACUCUGGUAUUGAGCACACCAUUGUUCCAGGUGUUGUCCAGUCCAUCAAGUUGAUCACCAAGCCUGCUUCCGAGAAGGUUAUCCGUUACGGUUUCGAGUACGCCAAGAGCAUCAACAAGCCUCACAUUGUCAUUGUCCACAAGGCUUCCAUCAUGAAGUUGUCCGACGGUUUGUUCGUCGAGACCGCCAAGGAGGUCGCCAAGGAGUACCCUGACGUUAAGUUGUCCUUCGAGUUGUUGGACAACACCUCCUUGAAGUUGACCCAAGACCCAUCCGAGUACAAGGACGUUGUCAUGGUCAUGCCUAACUUGUACGGUGACAUCAUGUCCGACUUGUCUUCCGGUUUGAUCGGUGGUUUGGGUUUGACCCCAUCCGGUAACAUGGGUAACAAGGUCUCUAUCUUCGAGGCUGUCCAUGGUUCUGCUCCAGACAUUGCCGGCAAGGGUUUGGCUAACCCAACCGCCUUGUUGUUGUCCUCUUGUAUGAUGUUGAGACACAUGUCCUUGAACGCUGACGCUGACAAGAUCGAGAACGCCGUCUUGAAGACCAUUGCUUCUGGUCCUGCCAACAGAACCGGUGACUUGAAGGGUACUGCCACCACCCAGCACUUCACCGAGCAAGUUAUUGCCAACUUGUAA